UGGUUACAUUUCAUUAGUCGCAGGUUUCUUGAUAUGGCAAUAUUAGUUGCCUUGUUUAGUAAAAUCAGACAAAUCUUCUCCAGUUAUGUGUUAAUGACACCUGAAGAUUCAAACGCAAGUCCUUUUAUUAUCGGUAGCAGUUUAUAUUCAAUGCCUCUCAUUUAUUUGAUCAUUUUGGGCUGUGUCGUCCUGAUUGGAUAUUUCUGCUGGCAAAGUUAUAGGCAAGAGUUGAAUGAAGAAAAAUUACAGGAGCAUGCUGCUUCUUCAGAUGAAAACUUUACGAGUUAUAAUUUGGCUUGGUUAAAUAAAUUAAUCAAUUGGUCUUACAUCAGCGCACCGUCUGGCACUCCUGAUGCUAUCAAACGUUGGAUGGAAGAUGUCAAUAUAAACUUGGCGAAAAGCGAGAGUCCAAUCAAGAUACUUGUAUAUGGGAUUCGAGAAGGAUCAAUUCCACCAUGGAUCAGGGAGAUUGGACAGUUUCAAAAAGUACGGGAUCAUGUUGAAAUUCCAGUGUUAUUUGACGUUCAAGAAUUUGGAUUAACCGUCAGUGUGCAAGAGGAAGAUGGCGGCAAAAUAAUUGCUUCCACAUACACAGCUGCUGUGACACAAUUUAGUUGCUGGUAUAAAGCAAUCAUUUCACGAAUUGAUGGCAACGUUCUGGCAAAGUUGGAACCAGAUUUGGAACGGCCUCACACUAUCAACUUCAACAUGAAAUUAUUAUCAGACCAGAAAAUAUCGACGACUGUGCCAGAGGUUGUCGCCGACAUGAUAAAGGCCGGUGUUUUGAAAACGCCAUUUUAUGUCAAUGUUUCUACAUGGGGUCCUGUGAUCCCUAUGACUAAAACAAGACGACGCUCUUCCAAUACUCCAGAGAAAAAACUUAAACGUAAAGAUGACAAUGGGAACACUAUUUCUAUUAAGGAACAUGCCGCAGUUGGAAAUUUUGCAACACCGAAAGCUGUCCAUACCUUGAUGCCAGAGACUGACACAUUCAGCACUCCUGCUGCAAAUAUAGACGGUGAUAUGCAAAUACGAAAAUCCAGUACAAUGCCUCUCGAAACAUCUCGUGUAUUAUCUGAUCAUUUAAAAGCAAAAAAUGGUUUGAGUGGAAGCUUGGGAUCUCUUGUUGGAAUAAAGCGUACUCCAUCGGGACGAGGUCCUGCUAAACCUAUCCGGGCACGAGAGAAAAGACUUAUUAUAAAAGUGAUAAAUUCAAACGGUCUUCCAAAUAAAGGGGUUCUAUAUUGCCAAGCAACAUUAGAUUUUCCUCAUCAGAAAUGCAAAACUAAUCCAGUUGAAUCCAGUUCCAACCUGUCAUGGCCAAAUCAUGAUUUGACUUUUGAUCUAAGUGCUAGAUCUUCUGAAGUGAAACUUGUUUUGUAUAAAACUGUGAACAGUAAUGAACAACUGGCAGAUUCAGCCAUUGCCAGUACUGUUCUAUAUCUUGACAAGAUAAAUAUUGAUGAAGCAACAGAAUUGUCUCUUCCAUUGAAAACCGUUGAUAAGGAACCUGCUGAUAUUAAGAUCAAGCUUGAUUUCACCGAAAACCCUGUCGAUGUGAACUGUAGUAGGGAUUUGUCACAAAAAUUUUCAUCACCUCGUCGUUCCCUCGAUCUUUCUCUCAUCAGCAAUCAUCUACCACCGAUGACUGAUGAAAAGGCUUCAUAUUUAAAAGACAGAGCUUCCACCAUCUCUUCAUUUUCAAGUGACAACUUGUCACUCAGUGGUUCUCAAAGGGAUACCUCUCCAAGCACAACUGUACGUACUGAAACAACCAAAAAAGUUUCACCAAAAAGAACAUCAGACAGAGAAAAUAUUCAUAUCAGUAAAAGUGCUCCAAAUAUGAAGGAAAAUAUUGGACUGGAGUUGACUCUAGAUGUGGCAACAGUGGAAGGAUCAGUGGCUGAAACAGUUAUGAACGAUCUUUCCAAAGACUUGAGUUGUAAAGUUGUUGAGCCAAGUCCUGAAGUGAAAGGAAAAAUCAGAGGAAAAGUGGUUAUAACGGCAAUAAAGAAGACCAACAUCGAAAGUGAUGCGGAUACCGAAGUACAACCAAUAACCAAUGGGCAUGAAGAAAACACAAGUGAUGCAGAGAAUGUUAAGAAAACAGAAAAACUGGCAACAGGAGAUGACAUGUAUUAUAGUUUGAGUUCUAUUGAAACACCGACAAGUUCUGGAACUACUUCUCCUGGAGAUGAGGUUGUAAAUAAAGAACCGAAACAACCGGUUGUUGAGGUGGAACAGCCACAGGAACAAUCGAUAGAUUCAGUGAAACCGAAGAAGAGACAUUUAAGAAAUAGUAAAAGACCAAAAAGCUUGGUCUCUGGGGUGGAAACCAAACAUAUUCCUGAAAACAAUGAAACAAAGGAGUGGCCCAAAGUACGACGCAGCAGAAGUCUGAUAUUCGGAAAAGGGAAAAAGAAACAAUAUAAAACCGGAUCUGCAACUGAUUUGCACAAGCAUGCAAAUGUAAAGGAUGAUAAUGCUUCCAAUGGUUUUGAAGAUGAUAAUACAGUUGUAGUACCUGAGAAUGAACUACAAAAAAAUAAGAAGAAAAAGAGCAAAAGUAUCACCAAGAUAUUUUCGAAAUUGGGAAGAAGGCCUUCAAUUAAGAAGACGAGGAAAGACUCCGACAUUGUGGAAGGUGAAAUAAGUUUUGUAGAAGGAGGAAAAAGCUCAAGAAACAACAGUUUGAAUAAUCCAGGAGAAACAGAAGAACACAAAAACAUUCUCAUAACUCCUCCUCCUGAGAAACCAGAAUCUUCUGUCGGCAGCGAAUCUGAAUCUUUCAUCUCAGAUGCAACUGCGACUCCAUCCUUAUCGAACUCAUUCAAUUCUUCAUUAACUGAUGAUAAAUCUAUCAAAAGGAGCAAAAGUCUGAGGAAACGGUUGUUUGGAGGAAAAAGAAAGACAACGAAGAAUUGAAUGAAAUGUUUCCAUCAUUCACUCAUUUUCUGUCAAUCAUGUUUUAAAAACACAUUUGGGAGAACGCCUAAAAAACGAGAGAUUCAAAUCAUACUGAAUUCGAAAUUUUCACAAACUCAUUAUAGAGCUCAUUUACUUUGUAUAUGAAAUAGCAAAGAUGAAAAUUCACUGUUCAACAGUCGUGUAAUAACUGAUAGCAUACUCAAGAAGAUCAUUUUUAUAAACUCAUCAUGUAACUUGUAUCCAUUUUGUAUCUAAAGAUAGCUUCAUGCAACAUAUAACUACGUUAGAAAGAUGAAAGUUCACAUGGCAAAACAAGAAUGUAAAAA